UGCCGCACGUCAUGAUUCUAUCCCAGAACAACCUGACAGACGGGAAAGAAGAUCUGCCUGAAGACACUUUCUCGCUGUUGUCGGUGCUUCUAGUUGGAUUUCUCUUCCUGAUCUUGAUAUUUUUAUCCGUGGCGGGGAACAUUUUAGUCUGUGUGGCAAUUUACACGGACCGCGGUUUACGGAGAAUAGGGAAUUUAUUCCUGGCCUCCCUCGCUAUCGCCGAUCUUUUCGUCGGUUGUCUGGUUAUGACUUUUGCCGGGGUGAACGAUCUCCUCGGCUAUUGGGUAUUCGGGCCGCGAUUCUGCGACACUUGGAUCGCCUUCGACGUUAUGUGCAGCACUGCCUCUAUUUUGAAUCUUUGCGCGAUCUCUCUCGAUCGUUACAUACACAUAAAGGAUCCUCUCAGAUACGGUCGUUGGGUGACGAGAAGGGUUGCGGUUGCUGGAAUCGCUGUCGUAUGGUUGCUCGCAGGACUCAUAUCCUUCGUGCCGAUCAGCCUAGGCCUUCACCGUGCAAAUGAACCUGUUGUUCAUGACGAUAGCAAAGAAGAACAUCCUACAUGCGCCUUAGAUCUUACACCCACCUAUGCGGUAGUUUCCUCUUCUAUAUCUUUUUACGUGCCCUGCAUCGUAAUGCUGGGAAUAUAUUGCCGGCUCUAUUGCUACGCACAGAAACACGUAAAAAGUAUCCGUGCAGUAACGAAGCUGCCGGACACCUCAAUGGCCAAGAGUUUUCGUGCGAAAAGUACACGCAACAAACCGCCGAAGCCGCAAACAAAAACGAAGCCAACAAGUCCCUAUCACGUAUCCGAUCAUAAAGCCGCUAUAACAGUUGGUGUAAUUAUGGGCGUUUUCUUAAUAUGUUGGGUACCCUUUUUCUGCGUAAAUAUCGUCACUUCGUAUUGCAAGACCUGCAUAUCAGGCCGAGCGUUUCAAGUACUCACUUGGCUCGGCUACAGCAACUCGGCCUUCAAUCCGAUCAUCUACAGCAUCUUUAACACAGAAUUCCGAGAAGCGUUCAAGAGAAUUCUCACAAAGGGUGCACGCGCCCGUGGAAAUCAACCGUCGACUAGCGAAUGCGGAGAAUUUCGAUCCGUGGUCGUACAAAAACGAAACGGGUCCAUGAUCGAAUGUAAUAUCAGUCCAAGAUCAAGCGCGGACAGUUGUCAAGUUGGUAUAAUGGCGCAAAGACACCGCGAUACUAUCGUGAGUGCGAUAUAAUUCGAUUCGAGUCUCUCUUCCUCGGACUUAUCGAUCUUCCUAUCGAACGGUAAUUGCGAUCCUAUGGUAAUUAUGGUUCACGGUUUUCCAUCACGAUUUAUCGAUUCUAUAUAAAUCAUUUUAUUAAUAAGACGUAAAUAAAAUCGUGAUGGAAAUAUUACCUCCUUCCUGUCGCCAGUUUUCUGCGUGGCAUUCAACAUUCUUGGUACGAAUUAAUCAAUUGAAUCGAAGAAUGUUACACGAACAUAUCCAUAGUAUAAUUUUUCAAGUCUGCUUAUGAUAAUGGUUACGAUAUGAUUGAACGAGAUUUACAUACGAACAUUUAAAACAGCAAUUGCGACCGUCAUAAUCAACUUCAACGACAAAUUUUACCAUUUCAUCAUCUUGGGAACGUAUUGUAACGUAAAGUUUAUAAAUAUUUCUUGAGAUAUUGAAUUCGUUAUUGAAAAUCUUUUGCUGAGUAAAUAUUCCAUACAUUUCUCGUAUUAACUGCAACGAGCAUCGCAACCAAAGUUAAAUCGCAUAUUUUUUAUAUAUAUAAAGUAUCUUGAAAUAAUAUAAAUUUUACCAUCGUGAUCAAUAUCAUCGGUACUAUCACCGUGUAAUAAUAUGCUGCUUUUCUCUCUUAUUCCCUUUCGUCUUAAAUAACAAAAUUAUAUGUGAAUUCUUUUGCCGAAUAUUUUUUUUUUAUCCACGGACGAUGAAAAGGAAAGAAAACUUGUCGAUAAUAAAUAACGGACGGUUAAGAAAUCAAUUUACGAAAAGACAAUCAUCGGGAAGUGAUUCGAAACAUAUCCAUGAGACAUAAUCUGUUCUUAUAACAAAAAAGAAUAAAGUGAAUUUAUCUAACAGGAUCGAACAGGAGGAUAUCAAUUUAUAAAAAUAAGAAGAAAGAACAAAAUAAGGUAAAUAAAUAAAAAUUCGUGCGUAGAGAAAUUCUACUAUAGAGUUUAGAUAACAUUUCUCAUAAAGCAAUUGUAAUUAUAAAAUCAUGUUAAUAGCGCAUCUACGAUAUAAAAUUGGAUGUUACAUGAAGUAUUAAUAGUAACGUCUAUCGAAUCGUAGCUUAUAUUAGUACUAGAAUCGCGGUGAAAUCCGCACAGAUUCAUUUUCCAUCUUGUAAAUAGUCAUUUAUUUAUUUUUCUAUUUGACGGGACACAAACACGCGAUCUCCACGUAUCUUUGCAUUGUAAGCGAUAUUUCGUUUAGGUGUUAACGUGUCGCAAAGUUGUUAUGCAACCCGUCGAAUCUAACUCAAAUCUGCGCCACUUAUCUAAACGAAAGAAAUUCUCGCGAUAUGCAACCGACAUUCAUUGAAUCUCUUCCAUCAUCUACAUCAGCGAUUUGCUAAGUGUAGUACGUUCCGAUGAGGGAGAAACGAUAAAAUAAAAACAUAGAUUCUAUGUUUUUCCUGUCGGAAUGAUACGUGCACGAAAUCGAUGUAUACUAAUGAUAUAUUUGAAUGACCGUUCUCUGUAAAUAUAUAAACGUAAGACAUCCAUGCGAAUAUUAAAUUUGCACUGUUUUAUUACAUCCUUAUUAUCCUAUAUCAGCAUAUAUAUAUAUAUAUAUUUAAUAUUAAUGAUUCAAA